AUGACGCAAUCUUCCAACCUGAACAUCGCCGCUGGCAUGAGCCGCGAGGAGAUGGAUAUGAUGAUUCGGUAUCUCUCGCAGCAGCGCGCCGCACUCGGUGAUCCCGAUAACGGGCAAGCUACCGCUGACGGAUCUAAGCCUACCCAAAGCGCUUCCGGUGGUACGAACGAAGGCAAUGGCGGUGAUCUGCAAGGACGAGUCGCCGUGGACAAUCCAACCUACGAUCUCUCCAAAAAAGCCACGUCUGCUCGCAAGAAGGCAGGGGGCGACCCUAGCGGUGAGGGGGGUCCUCUUGACAAGCGAGCUGGCCAUGAUAUCCUCAUGGACGACCUGACGCUCUCUCCGUCGCAUGGAACGCCGUCCCACGGCGACAAACACGGACAGACUGCGGACGCCGCGGAGGGUGUCGGUGGGGGCAAUGCUCGUCCUACCGUGGUCGUGGAGCCGUCCACUCCUCGCAAGAAGUUUGUACCCCGCCCGGUACAGAAGAAAGGUCCGGUUGCGGGCAAUGGCGGAGUCAACCUUCCGUCCACGCCUGUCAAGUCUAGCGUUGCAACCCCGUCGUCCGUUACUCCUUCCUCCAAGAUGGCCCAGCUGGACCUUGACGGACACAAAGUUAUUGAUUCAUCUCCUGGUACGAAGAAGGGUCGCGCUACCGUGGUACCCACGCGCGUAAAGGCUGCUCUUCCCAACGGAUACGACGCUCUGUUGACUUACGAGGAGCAUGUCAGGCCUCCCGAGGCUCGUGUAUCUGAUCCUGGACCAUACGUGUCCGGUAAUGACUCGGACGAUGACAUGUUUCCGGAAGAUCCCAGCCAUACUCUGCCGAACCCUUCGAGCGAUGCGGUGAAGCGAGAUGCCGGCUCUGCUGAUGUUACCGAACCGCAGAAGCAUUCAUCAAGGGGACCCAGCAUGGCCCGGUGGAUUAACACCCGCGGUACGAAGUCCAACGACGAUCCAACUCCGCCGCCAGACGAGCCGUGGGCACGAAAGAAUCGCCGUCGUCGUUCUCCAUCGCCCGUUCCGCCUUCGACGCCGUCCCCGGUUAAGAAGAGCCCCAAGAAGAAAGCGAGAGUGUCGUCGCCCGAGGAGUCGCCGGAGGAUGCGCGGGUACAGCAGCUGGAGUGCGAGCUGGCUGAAGCUCGUAAGCAGAUCAAGACAGCUCAGCGCCGUCGUGGUCGCGGUAGCGCGGCCACUGCAUCGUUCAUCGACGAUGAGGCCGAAGAGUCCGACAUGGACGGCCGUCGCCGCGAUGAUCCCGACUUGGACAAUUUUGUCGUUGGGGACGAUGUGGUCGAAUAUGAUGACUCAGCGCCCGCUUUGCCUGAUGAUGAUGAAGCUGGUUCCUCGCGGGUUGUUGAUGACGAAAACACAUCCGACGACCAUGUUGAGAUCGUUCCGACUCCUCCGCAAGACAAGGGCAAGGGUCGUGCACCGCGGACUCCUUCACCCGAUCCUGUGGAUCCCGCAUUUGUCGCGCCUGCCAUGUCGGAAGACGAAGAUGGCAGUGGGCAAGACAGCGAGGACGAUAAUGAUGUAGAUGUGUCGUGGCAACACAAAGAAAUUCGUCUUCAAAAUGCCCCCCGCGGCUUGCAUCCUGGCUCGACCGCCGUCGACGCCGGUGCGCAAGUGGUUACGAAGUUGCAACUGGGCGACGGCGAGGACGCGUUUCAUUGGCGGGAUUUCCUCAGCCCAACGCUGCAGGAGAUUGGAUAUCAUAUUGAUUAUGAACCACUUCCACGGGCAUGCGGGCUCAACAUUGAGCAUAAUCCCAAGGGCUGGGACUAUCCCGUGUUUGAUGAUGUGCUGGCGCAGAUGAGUGACUUGGGUGCACAAAACCUUUUCGCUGUUGUCAAGUUUCGUCGCGUAGGGCCUUACGUCAAUCCUGCGAACGCCAACGUCUCCGACUUCUCUGCGGUGAAGGUCUCCGGGCCGUCGUCGACCCCUCGGUACCGUUGUGUCGUCAGUGGUAGCCGAGCACCAGCGGUAGCGCUAACCACGGGCAUUAUCCGGUACUGGAGACUCGACACUCCGUCGAAUGGCCCUCGUCCUCAACGCUACGUUAUCGUUUCUCCUUUCUACGGUUUCUUUGAGGCUACCGUGUGUUUCUUCUGCACUCUCUUUGGCCAGUACACGCUCAACUGCUUAUCUUGGGAUAAUGCAUUGCGCAUCGCGACAAUCCCGCCUUACGAGAGGCCCGGUGGAAGUGUUCAGCAGAGCGCCGCUGUCCGGGGCAACGUAUCUUCGAACAGGGCGCCUCGUCGUUCUGCUUUCGAGUUGAACACGAACGACGACGUUCCGGUUUAUGAUGCGCGUAAGACCGCCCUUCCAGAGGAUAUCUCGAUGUGGCCGAAGUCGCUCCCUAUCCUUGAGGGUCCGUUGCCCAAGAAUGCCGUCGCGACAGUGGCGUACACUCCGACUAUGUGGAUCGGCAACCAGCCUUCUUACCCGGCGUAUAAUCUGCAGUUCAAUAUCUUCUCUCCUCUGAAUGCCGUCUGCACAACGCUGCCUGGCUUUUACUUUUCAUUGGUCGUACCUUUGCUCCCUCACACGAUGAGUACCAUCGCUGCUUUUACGGGGGGUGACAUGUUCUCGGGACUCGCCUACGACAUCGUGCGGGAGAUUCUGAAGUGGCUCCGACGACCUGACUUGUGGAACUUGGCGCUCACCUCUUCUACUAUGCGCGCAACUGUCUCCGACUUCCUUGUGAACGACUACAACGCGGACUCCGUACUCUGUCGGUUCUUCGACGACAUUCACUCCUUCCAGGCGAUACAAGCUCGUACCUGCUCGAUCAUCGGUGGCUCUACCGCUCUUUCGUUCUUCACUGGUCACCAUUGGCCGACAUCCGACCUCGAUCUCUACAUCAAGAACGAGCAUGCGUUGGACAUGGCUAGAUAUCUCGAACGCAGCGGCUACAGAUUUGUACCUCGAAACCAGCACGACAGCAUUGAGCGAUGUUUGCCAGUCGAUUGGGAGCAAGGGGACGAAGAGGAUGAUAGUAGCAACGAGCACAACGAUGUCGACAUGGGCAAUAUCCCGAUCCCCUUUCAUGUCAUGGACGACGACGACAACGAUACCGACAGCGUGCACGACGAUGUUGACGUAGAGAUGACGGACGCAUCUUCUAUUCUCGACAACAACGACGACGACAACGACGACGACGACAGCGACGACGACGACGACAUCUCGGGAGAUGAAGACAACCCCGAGCACGCAUACGCUGGUCUACUUACACAGGUCUUCAACUUCUGUGGUGUCCGCGAUCCUGACCUCCGUAUUCAACUAAUCGUAAACGAGGGUUCUCUUCUCGACUGCAUUCUCGCGUAUCACAGUACGCCAGUGAUGAACUUCUUGACUAGUAGUCGGGCCGUAUCUAUGUAUCCCUUGGAGACUUUGCGCGGUCGGGGUUUGCGCUUGCAAACCAAGGCAGAUGCGACUGGUGCGAUCAACAAGUACAAGGCGCGCGGUUGGGACAUCAUAGAUGGUGUGUCGACGCCUGAGCAGCACGGUUUUGCUACUGGAGUGCAGUACAUUGGAGACGAUAUCAGCCUAACGGUGAAGUUUACUGGAUCUCACCACCAUGAUAAUGAUAUCUUUCAGUACGACUCGUACCUGCUGCACUGCGAUCCGGCAAGCCAACGUGGUGAGCGUCCGUCAGCUCGUCUGGAAUGGUACACGCGUGGCCCGCCGAGGCUGGACAUACCAAGGACGGUUCCUGACUACGGCUAUUGGUUGUGGUUGCGGAAGGCGAUGACUGUACCUGAUGAUGAAGAUGAGGAGAAGCGAGUGUCUGCAUAUCUUUGUCGUCAGUUCGACUUGCACCGCCUCAAGGCUACGAACGCAGAGCUGAAGGUAGAGUCUUCCUUUGGUCUGCUCCCGUCGUCAAAAUAUUACUUACUGCCUGACAGUCGACUCUUGCCGGACGACAGUACUCUUCGUAUCACCAGCGUCCUACGAAUCCGCAAGCAGCUCAAGAGCGAAGUGACAGUGUAG